GCAGAAGUUGUGGUUUGAGGCAGUGAUGCUAUCGUUGAGUGAGAUAGAAAUGUUCAGAGGCACAAAGACAGACUCAACCUUAAGACAACAUGAAGGCUUCGUCCGUCUCUCUGAUCCUCGGCCUGGCUGUGCUGCUGUUUGGACCAACUGUUUCUGCAGUCUCUCUGGAUGCCCGUCCCAACCGACAGCUGUACUUUAGACGAGAGUCCGUCUGUCUGACUUGUGUUGAAGAUGGACAGACAGUUGACGGAUGGACGGUGAAGAGGACAGCGGGAGGACAGACACAGACAUGUGGUGGAGGUCAAGAAGACUUUGGGAGGAUCGUUGGUUCCUCCUGCAUUGUUCCACAACUCUACUUAUCAGACAGUGGAGUUUACUGGUGUGAAUCCAGAGCUGGACAGAGGAGCGUCCAGGUCAACAUCAGUGUAACUGAUUAUUCUGUGAUGCUGGAGUUGCCCAAACUUCCUGUGUUUAUAGGAAGUGAUGUCACUCUGCGCUGUAGAACCAGAGAUGGUUCCACACAAACAGCAUAUUUCCACAAGAAUGACAGCUACAUUGGAUACGGAGAUGCAGGAGAGUUUACCAUCAGUGAUGUGCAGCAGUCUGAUGAAGGCUUCUACCGGUGUUCCAGUGGUGUGUUCUCAUGGUCAGCGAGGAGAUGGCUGAGUGUCACAGAUUCUCCUCCUCCUUCUCCUCCUCCUCCUCCUCCUCCUCCUUCUCCUCCUCCUCCUCCUCCUCCUUCUCUGUCUGUGAUCAGACUGUUCUGAUGGUGUCUGUCUGCUGUGGCAAGAGGACAGGAAACAAACCAGCCGUCUCCAAGGAAUUGGACCCCCGAGCUGAAGGCGGUCAGGGACUGGCUGAAGAGGAUGAUUAUGUCUCUGAGCAUGAUUUCUGACCUGAGCGUGUGUGUGUGUGUGUGUGUGUGUGUGUGUGUGUGUGUGUGUGUGUGUGUGUGUGUGUGUGUCACUCCCUCACAUGGCUCUGAUUUGAACAAGCUCACAGUAAGAAUGCUAACAUGCUGAUGUUUAGCAGGUAUGAUGUUUACCAUGUUCACCAUCUUAAGCCCCUUUUACACUGCCUGUUCAAGGCGGGAAUAUCACACCGUUAUACCGCCUCACCAUGCUCUAAAUAAGGUACCAUCUCGGAAUGGGGUGACAGAGUGGCCAUGCCUUAAAGCCACCACGGAGGGUAGUAACGGCGCCGAAACAGAGUCUGUAUAAACAGGACAGCCUGCAGGAUGGGGUGCUGUUUUGAUGACGUGUUAUGUGCAGCCUUUAGCAGUUAGCAGCUCGCUUAAAGAGGAAGAUCAGCAGCAAAAAAAUGUCUGCAACUUGGGAAAACAAGAAGUUCCAGGAGCUCCUUACCCUCCAAGCAGAGGAUGAGGUUAGCAGCCAUAUAACGGACAGUAAAUGUAUGUUAUUGCCAUGUUUUGCUAUUGUUACUGUUUAUAAAGCGCUGCGGACAAGUAUGAUUUAUGUCACACUUGAGGCCGGCGCCAUUGUGUCAUAUGUCACGCCUCUUUUGACUCUGUGAUGCCGGCAUGCUGGCUAAGGGGCCGUACACAUGCCUCACAUUUUGCGCCCUCAAAUUAAUUCUUUUCAGUGUAGACACGCGGCAGGCGAGCUCAAACGCCAGCUGUUGCAGCGCGCAUGCGUUUCCGAGCGCUUACCCUGAGAUCACUAAGAUCAGCUUUUGUAAUGCAGCAGCACGCACUGCAUGUCAUGAGAGAAGGACCAACCAAUCACAGCUGACAGAGUUCUCUCCCUUCAUCCAUACAUACUGUCUGUGAUAAAUAUGUAGAAGUUGAUCAUGUUAGUGCAGGGGUACCCAGAGCUUUACAUCUGUCCCACAGACGGUAGGCCUACACAACUCCUGGAAGAAGAUCAGCUCUGCGCUCAGGAUUUCAGGUAGACAUGCUAUGAUAUGGUGCUUGUUGAAGUUGCUUAGCAACCUCAGAUGCAACCUGCCACUGUGCACUUGAAAGUUGGCACAGAAAAGGCAGAAGAGCAGCACCCAGCACCUGACCUUGAGUUUUCUAGGUGGUUAAAGACACAGCAUGUGUAGGCCCCUAAAAUCACACACCUGAGCGGCAUGAUGCUGUCGUUGUUUGGUUCUGUGUAAAAAUGCAAAGGUGGCAUAAAGAAGGGACUUUAGCGCAAUCUCUGUGUAAAAAGGCCUUUAGCAUAGCAUGUUAGCAUGCUAACAUUUGCUAAUCAACACUAAACUCAAGGUGCAGGUUGAUGAGAAUGUUAUUAGUAAGUGCUAGACGAAGAGUCAGAGCAGCAGAGUCAUGAGGAUUCAUCCUCUGCAGAUGAUGAAUGUCUGGACUGAAAUGUUGAAAGCUCAGUAAGAAGCUAGUAAGAGGUCCUUGAGUUGAGAUCAUUUUGUCAAAAAAGCUGCAUGUAGUUUAAUUAAUUGCAAAUGUGCUUAAUAAAAAUGGCAAAUGUGUUUGUUCUAAUGUUGAAGGCAUGUCUAAACCUUGUCUUAAGACCUUAAUAAUUAUAAUAAUUAAUAUAAUAGUGUUUUAGUAUUGUUAUUUAUUUUUAUUUAACCUUUAUUUUACCAGGCAGAUUUGCUUGAGAUCAAAUGAUCUCUUUUACGAGCAAGGCCUGGCCAAAAUGGCAGCAUUAAAGCACAAAACAUAAUAAGACACAUAUAAAGAAGAAAGAGGAGAGGGCUGGAUGGGGGCAGAGAAGGUGGUGACAGGGGAUCCUGAGGAGGAAAAGUUCAUGUUAAACAAAAACAGUGCACCACUAUACACACUAAAAGAACACUUACGUGAGGAUGAUAAAAUAUUAUGCAGUAAAACAU